AUGGAAACGAUUGAGUCAGCGACACAUAUUAACGACCUUCCCGACGACAUCCUCGCUAAGAUACUAUGGCAUUGCGAGGAGUCAACACCUUGGAAACCCGAGAGUGACGCGUUAUGGUCUCGGCAUUCAUUGUUGCCGAGACCACCACGGUACCUUCGCUCGAUCGUCUUAGACAAAGAUCCCAGUCCUGAGGAGGAAGACUCGUAUCCAGUAUCGUACCCCUCCGCCGUUCCAACCGCUGCCAAGAUCUUCCUCGUGUCGUCGGUGUGCCGUCGUUGGCGCGAUGUAGCUCAGCGUAACAUCUCCACGCUGCUCGUCGAAAGAAAACAAGCUAUUCCCCUCCAACAACUCUCGAAUGCCGUCGCGUGCUUCCCGAAUCUCACCCAUCUCCAUCUGUGCGACGGCAGCGUGGAUUCCCUAGACGACUCCUUCCUCGCUCACCUCGCGUCAUCCUGUCCUAAGCUCAAGAGUCUCCACGUGGGACGCGGGAUCACUCAGCAUCGGGACUACGUCGGACCGAAGCAUAAGCACCCGAUCACCGAGUCUGGCCUGGAUCGCUUCUUCCAGCGAUGCACUCAGCUGGAGCAGCUUUCACUGCUCUGCCUCCAUCGGGACGUCCACCUACCCGCUUCCUUCUUCCGCCUCACGAGUCUGCACACCCUGGCGUUAACAGCCGCCUCCGCCUUAGAAGCUCCAGAUCUGGAGACCCUCUCUUCUCUCACCACUCUUCAUAUCGCCUUCCCGGAGUUGACCGAGGAGCAACUGGCCAACGUGCGUCGUCUUCCCAGCAUCACCGGCCUUUCACUCUCUGCCGGGACCUCGUUUUCUCCUCAUGGCUCGGCUGCCUUCGCCAUCGCACAGCUGCCUUUGAUCAAAUCGCUGGACUCUCGCCACGUGUUGCUGUCGGAUUGGCCAUUGACCAGUCUAGAACGCCUGCAGAUAUCAGAUUGCAGAGAUUUGAAGCGACUUCCGGCCAGAAUCGAGGAGUUGCUGCCGCGUCUGCGUGAGCUGACCGUUUCCAGCUGCCAUGCCUUGGAGGAGCUGCCGGAGGGUGUCUGUUCCCUGAAGCACCUCGAGACUUUGGCAGUCAUCAAAUGCGACCAAUUCCGCUGCCUGCCUGAAAACGUUGGGCGAUUGUCUGCCUUGUCAACUCUGGUUCUGGGUUAUCUGCCGCUGCUGGCGAGCCUGCCUGCCUCGAUCUGCCAGCUCAGCUCGCUGGAGACCUUCUUUCUGCUCUUGUGCGACUCAAUCCGCGAGCUGCCAGCAGGGUUCGGCUGCCUCACAGCUGUCACGACUCUCUGCCUCGAAGGAGUGGAGCUUCCAGCGGACAUAGGACGCCUCAGUAACCUCCACACGCUGCUUCUGGAAAGGAGCUUCGGAUAUCCGCAUCUCCCGUGCUCGUUAUCCUCGUUAUCCGAGAUCACAUCGCUGACGAGGCUUGAGCUGAACGUGUGCGGCGUGGAGUUGCUGCCGGAGGGCGUGGGGUCGCUCAGCAGCCUGCGCGAGCUGCACGUCUCAGGUUGCCCUUGGCUCACGGCCGUUCCAGCGUCCGUGACGGGCCUGACUGCCCUUGAAGCUCUCUCUCUCGCUGACUGCCCUCUGACCUCAGCACCCACAAGGCUGGACGGCUUGACACGGCUCAAGCGGCUGGAGGUGGCCCGAUGUGACAUGCUGACACGGCCUCCUCUAGUCCUGCCGGCUUCAAUCGAAUGGCUGAGUUGGGGAAAUGACUGGCAGGCCAUGGCUCUGCCAGACCUCUCCACGCUGACGGGGCUUCGAACGCUCCGCCUGGAAGAGGUUGCGGUGCCGUGUGGGGUCGCUGUGAGCAGGAGCCUAUCGCACCUGGAGCACUUACAGCUCACUUUGGCAGGCAAUGCGGAGGAGCUUCCAUUCUCCUUGACGUUCCUCUCCCGCCUGCGCACCCUGUAUAUUCACAACGCGACGAAUCUCCAAAGGCUGCCGGCCGACAUCGGGUCGGCACUGCCGCAGCUGCGGAAGCUGAAGCUGAAAUAUGCGGAGAAGUUGAGGGAGCUGCCAGCGAGUGUGACUGCGCUGCAGAACCUCACGAGCUUGGAUUGCUUCGCGCCCAAACUGGCUUCUCUGCCGCAUGACAUCGCUGCUUUAUCCAGGCUGCGGGAGCUGCACCUCUAUUACAAUCAGCUUAAGCAGCUGCCUGCCUCUUUCACCCAGCUUGCCUGCCUGAACAAGCUGUCGAUUCUAAACAGCCCCAUCCGUUCCCUGUGUCCCAACGCUGCACAGUUCACGCGGCUCAGAUCCCUCGAUCUGUCAGGCUGUGCGCAGCUGGAGGCAUUGCCGGGGGAUUUGGUUGUAUGUAAGCCCCCCUCUAACCUGCUCUGCCCGUUGCUCUGCCCUCUGAUUUGCCCUCUGCUCUGCCCUCUUCUCUGCCCUCUGCUCUGCCCUCUGCUCUGCCCUCUGCUCUGCCCUCUGCUCUGCCCGUUGCUCUGCCCUCUGAUUUGCCCUCUGCUCUGCCCUCUUCUCUGCCCUCUCUUCGGCCAUCUGCUGCCAUGCCAUGCCACCAUCCACGCCGCUGCCCCUCAGUCAGCACUGCCCCUCAGUCAGCAUUGCCCCUCAGUCAGCACUGCCCCUCAGUCAGCACUGCCCCUCAGUCAGCACUGCCCCUCAGUCAGCACUGCCCCUCAGUCAGCACUGCCCCUCAGUCAGCACUGCCCCUCAGUCAGCACUGCCCCUCAGUCAGCACUCAGUCAGCACUGCCCCUCAGUCAGCACUGCCCCUCAGUCAGCACUGCCCCUCAGUCAGCACUGCCCCUCAGUCAGCACUGCCCCUCAGUCAGCACUGCCCCUCAGUCAGCACUGCCCCUCAGUCAGCACUGCCCCUCAGUCAGCACUGCCCCUCAGUCAGCACUGCCCCUCAGUCAGCACUGCCCCUCAGUCAGCACUGCCCCUCAGUCAGCACUGCCCCUCAGUCAGCACUGCCCCUCAGUCAGCACUGCCCCUCAGUCAGCACUGCCCCUCAGUCAGCACUGCCCCUCAGUCAGCACUGCCCCUCAGUCAGCACUGCCCCUCAGUCAGCACUGCCCCUCAGUCAGCACUGCCCCUCAGUCAGCACUGCCCCUCAGUCAGCACUGCCCCUCAGUCAGCACUGCCCCUCAGUCAGCACUGCCCCUCAGUCAGCACUGCCCCUCAGUCAGCACUGCCCCUCAGUCAGCACUGCCCCUCAGUCAGCACUGCCCCUCAGUCAGCACUGCCCCUCAGUCAGCACUGCCCCUCAGUCAGCACUGCCCCUCAGUCAGCACUGCCCCUCAGUCAGCACUGCCCCUCAGUCAGCACUGCCCCUCAGUCAGCACUGCCCCUCAGUCAGCACUGCCCCUCAGUCAGCACUGCCCCUCAGUCAGCACUGCCCCUCAGUCAGCACUGCCCCUCAGUCAGCACUGCCCCUCAGUCAGCACUGCCCCUCAGUCAGCACUGCCCCUCAGUCAGCACUGCCCCUCAGUCAGCACUGCCCCUCAGUCAGCACUGCCCCUCAGUCAGCACUGCCCCUCAGCGCUGCCUGCUGCAGCGGGUUCUGCAGGCGCAUGCAGCACCACUCCCGCCAGGUCAUUCGGGCCCGGAAAGGAGGAGCAGGAGGCGGGAGAUGCGCCACUGA